GGGAGCGGGCUCCUUCUGUGUGUGCUGCUCCUCUGGGUGCCUAUUGGAGAAUAAUAGUGUAAGUGACAACCUAGAAGUAGACUUUCUGCUCUUCACACUGGAUAGAAAAGCUGCCUCUUUUUUUUUUUUCCUUUGCUUUUUAAUUUUUUUUCAAUAACCCCCUUUCUCACUUGAUUCUGUACGCAUUUGCUUUAUUUUUGAAAGGAUAGCUAGACUUAAAGUCACCCUCCACCUCAAUUUAAACCUGCUACUUUAUUUUUUUUUUAAUUAUUAUUGUGAAUUGCUCGUUUUGAGCGUUACACUUGUCUGAUCAAUUUUAUCUUCAGCUCCUUCUUCCGUUGCUAAACCUCGAAAACUGGCUCUCUCGAAAAAUAUUUAAUCUGUAAUUUUUGUCCAUUGCCAUUUUUUGCUCAUGGCUACUCUUUCUCGCUAUCUAUUUUUGCCCCUCCCCGCCUAGAGGAAAAUAGCAACAAGAAAAUAAGAAAAAAUAAGAGAAUAUUAGGGGAAGUAGUCCUCAGGUCUGCUGCACCCCCCCUUCCCCCUUCCAAAAACGGGGGGGGGGACCUAGAAAACAUCAGUCUUGAACUUCUUCCUCUUCAAGAGCUCGGGCUGCAAAGGAAACCUCCUUUGUUUUUGUUAUUUAUAUGCUGUCAAGUUUUGAAGUGGUCACAGGGAAAGCUUGGCCUGGAUUGCGAGAGCCAUAUGGAACGGAUAAGUGAGGAGCCUCUCUCAAAUGUGAUCUUUAGAGGCGGGACUGAGUAUGGAUCAUUUGAACGAGGCAACUCAGGGGAAAGAACAUUCAGAAAUGUCUAACAAUGUAAGCGAUCCGAAGGGUCCACCAGCCAAAAUUGCGCGCUUGGAACAGAAUGGGAGCCCAUUAGGAAGAGGAAGACUUGGAAGUACAGGAACUAAAAUGCAAGGAGUGCCUUUAAAACACUCUGGACACCUGAUGAAAACUAAUAUUAGAAAAGGAAGUAUGCUUCCAGUUUUCUGUGUAGUGGAACAUUAUGAGAAUGCCAUCGAGUAUGAUUCUAAGGAGGAGCAUGCAGAAUUUGUCUUGGUGAGGAAGGAUAUGCUUUUCAACCAACUGAUUGAAAUGGCGUUGCUGUCACUUGGAUAUUCUCACAGCUCUGCUGCCCAAGCAAAAGGGCUUAUCCAGGUUGGGAAGUGGAAUCCAGUUCCACUCUCCUAUGUGACAGAUGCCCCUGAUGCUACAGUAGCAGACAUGCUGCAAGAUGUGUAUCAUGUGGUCACAUUGAAAAUCCAGUUACACAGUUGCCCUAAACUAGAAGACUUGCCUCCUGAACAAUGGUCUCACACAACAGUAAGAAAUGCUCUGAAGGACUUACUGAAGGAUAUGAACCAGAGUUCAUUGGCCAAGGAAUGUCCCCUUUCACAGAGUAUGAUUUCUUCCAUUGUGAACAGCACUUACUAUGCAAAUGUCUCAGCAGCAAAAUGUCAGGAAUUUGGAAGGUGGUAUAAACAUUUCAAGAAGGCAAAAGAUAUGAUGGUUGAGAUGGAUAGCCUUUCUGAACUAUCCCAGCAAGGUGCCAACCAUGUCAACUUCGGUCAGCAGCCGGUCCCAGGGAACACAGCCGAACAGCCUCCAUCCCCUGUUCAGCUUUCUCAUGGUAGUCAACCAUCAGUUCGGACCCCACUUCCAAACCUGCAUCCUGGACUUGUAUCUACUCCCAUUAGCCCUCAGCUGGUAAAUCAGCAGCUGGUAAUGGCCCAGUUGCUGAACCAGCAGUAUGCAGUGAACAGACUUCUAGCCCAGCAGUCCUUAAACCAACAGUACUUGAACCACCCUCCUCCUGUCAGUAGAUCCAUGAACAAGCCGUUGGAGCAGCAGGUCUCAACAAACACAGAGGUGUCUUCCGAAAUCUACCAGUGGGUCCGUGACGAACUGAAACGAGCAGGAAUCUCACAGGCAGUAUUUGCACGUGUGGCUUUUAACCGAACUCAGGGCUUGCUCUCAGAAAUCCUCCGAAAGGAAGAAGACCCCAAGACUGCCUCGCAGUCCUUGCUGGUAAACCUUCGGGCUAUGCAGAACUUCUUGCAGCUGCCAGAAGCCGAACGAGAUCGGAUUUACCAGGAUGAAAGGGAAAGGAGCUUGAAUGCAGCCUCUGCAAUGGGCCCCACACCUCUCAUAAGCACACCGCCUUCCCGGCCUCCACAAGUCAAAACUGCUACUAUUGCUACAGAGAGGAAUGGAAAGACAGAAAAUAAUUCCAUGAACAUUAAUGCUUCCAUUUACGAUGAGAUUCAGCAGGAAAUGAAGAGAGCUAAGGUGUCUCAAGCACUCUUUGCAAAGGUUGCAGCAACCAAAAGCCAGGGGUGGCUCUGUGAACUGUUACGUUGGAAAGAAGAUCCUUCACCAGAGAACAGGACCCUCUGGGAGAAUCUCUCCAUGAUCCGAAGGUUCCUCAGUCUUCCUCAGCCUGAACGUGAUGCCAUUUAUGAACAAGAAAGCAAUGCAGUUCAUCACCAUGGUGACAGGCCUUCCCACAUUAUCCAUGUGCCAGCAGAACAGAUUCAGCAGCAGCAGCAGCAGCAGCAACAACAGCAACAGCAGCAGCAACCAGGUCCCAGACUACCCCCAAGGCAACCAACAGUAGCAUCACCAGCUGAAUCUGAGGAUGAAAAUCGUCAGAAACCGCGACCGCGAACAAAGAUUUCUGUUGAAGCCCUCGGGAUCCUACAGAGUUUCAUCCAAGAUGUAGGCCUGUAUCCAGAUGAAGAAGCAAUCCAGACUCUCUCCGCUCAGCUUGACCUGCCCAAGUACACCAUUAUCAAGUUCUUUCAGAACCAGCGAUAUUAUCUCAAGCACCAUGGGAAGCUGAAGGACAAUUCUGGUUUGGAGGUGGAUGUUGCAGAGUACAAGGAAGAAGAGUUGCUCAAGGAUUUAGAAGACAGCAUCCAAGAUAAAAAUGCAAACACGCUUUUUUCAGUUAAACUAGAAGAAGAGUUAUCAGUAGAAGGGAACACAGAGAUUAAUGCUGAAUUGAAAGACUGAUCUAAAAGUAUUAUUUUCUUUCAACAGUGCCACUGGUAUUUACUAAUGAAAUGAAAAUUCCAUCUUGUGUUCUGUCAAAAACCUUUAUUAUUCAUUGUUUGGCCAAUGAAUCUUCCAAAACUUGCACAAAAGCUGAAAAAAAAAAAGGAGAAUGCAGACUGCACUAGAUGUUUUACUCUGUUUUACAAACUGCUUCGCAGCAACAGAUGAAGCGUUGAGGAUUGUUUGAUAUUAAUUUGUGUUCACAGGAUACACUGCGAGUGUACCCAAUAAGCAUGAUACCAGUGAUUUUGAUUCUGGAGCCUUCAGACAAGCAUUACAACUUUUGUGAUUUACUGUUUUUUGUUUCUGUUUUGUUCUUGUUUUUAAUUAUUACUGUAGCACUCCACACUUGAUCUUUGG